UUCUUUGAGAGAGUUUUGUCACGUCUGCUAUGAAUUUAACUGAAUUUAAUGCUGAAGAAACAGUUCAGAAAACUUCUCCAGCAUGAAGCCGUGGUUCAAUGAACGGAUCUGCGCUUUAUUCCGCAGUAACUGGCAGCAUACUUUAACAUACUGGAGUGUGUUCUUCAGUUUUGGACUAUGUAUCGCUUUUCUGGGUCCGACCAUCCUGGACCUGAGAUGUCAGACCCAGUCCAGCCUACAGGAGAUCACUCUGGUCUUCUUCUCCCAGCAGUUUUUCCUCUUCAUUGGAAGCACCAUUGGAGGAUUCUUCAGUAAAACGCUUGUGAACUCUUUGUCAGCCCUGGCUGUGUCCACCCUCAUCAUUUCUGUGGUUUUUGCCAUCAUCCCACUAUGCCAGAAGUUACUUUUGCUGGCGUUUGCCUUGGCGGUGUCUGGUCUCGCCAUGGGCAUCAUUGACACCAUAUCUAACCUGCAGUUGGUGAAGAUUUACCAGAAAGACUCCACUGUUUUCCUGCAGGCUCUUCACUUCUUUGUUGGUCUCGGGGCAUUAAUGAGCCCCCUCAUUGUCGAUCCCUUCCUGUCUGAGAGCAACUGUGUGAUAGGAAACAGCAGCAAUACAACAUCAUUAACACAUCUGAGGAACACACUCGCAGGCAGACAAAUGCACAACGUGUCCAGUGUCCACCUCCACACCGAGGGCGAGGUGGUGACCAACGUCUCCUAUGCUUUCUGGAUCAUGGCUCUCAUCAACCUGCCUGUACCCAUCGCAAUAUUCAUCCUGAUGUAUCGGGAGCGUUUGUUUGCAUGCAGUUCUCCCAGUCGCCGUUUACUAGAUGGAGACAUUUUGGCCAUGAAUACCUGGGGAGCCACAGGACAGUCAGAGGACACUGGACAUCAGAAACAGGGUCCUAAGAGCCAUAUAGAAUUUUUCAGCUGCUGUCUCCUUGGCAACACGCAAGGGCUUCCGUUGUCUUUCUUUGGGAUCCAUAUCCUUGGUGGUCUGGUGCUCUUUUUUUCCGACGGUAUAGUGGGUUCAUACACAGGCUUUGUCUACACCUACGCAGUGGCGCCCCCUAUCAAUCUACCUCACAAGACAGCCGGUUACUUGACAUGCGUCUUCUGGGUGGCCAUUACUGUGGGCCGCUUAUCUGCCAUACCUCUGUCUUACCGCUUUAAACCUGUCAAACUCCUUAUCAUCAGUCAGGUACAUAACUCCCCGCUCCCUAUUAUCAACCAGCCAAUGAGCAGUCAGGCUCAGCCUCAGACGGCACGUCCACGGACUGGCCACAGUCAUUCACUGACUGUCUGAUGCAUAUUGAACACAAAAAAAAAUGUAAAGCACUUUGUUGAUCUGGCAAGCUCGAAUUUGAUUUGCUGGCUUUACGCAACUCUCAGAAGUCUUCAUUUUUUCCAGUAAAUCUGGAAACAAAGAUUUUUGUUUUACAAGCUACAGAGUUGCUACAAUUAGCACCUUUGAACAAAAACGAAUCACUGGAUUUGGGGUAGUUUGUCAAAAACAUCAAAAGAUGCUCAAGAGUUUGGUUUAAAGCACUUAGUAGCAAGUAAACUAGAUAUCAACAAGUAGAAAUGUAUAUUCUGCUUUGUGUUGUGAGUUAUAUUAGUGAAAUAAUCUGUACUUGUUACAUUUGUAUGGACAGUCUAAGUCUACAGACAUUUCCACAACUUUUUUGUGUUUUCUGUGCAGCUGGUUGCCUUUCGACAGAGCUGGGCAAUUAAUUGAAUUCGUUUUUUUCCACACUGGCCUACUCUUUUAUUUCUAUUUAUUACUAUUUAUUUAGACUCAUCCCUCCUUUUCUUAAAAAAAAAAAAAAAAAAAGCAAAAAUCUGGGUUACAGUGAGGCACUUACAAUGGAAGUGAAUGAGGGCCAAUUUUUUUACUUUAAAAUACUCACUUUUUCUAAGGUAUAGUCACAAGACAAACAAUAUGCAUGUAAACAUGAUUUCAGCGUGAACACUUACUAACCUUUUCUGUGUAAAGUUAUAGCCAAUUUUACAACUUUGUUGCCAUGAAAAUGUAAACAAACCCUAAAAUGACCAUAAAAAUGACAAUUUAACAACUUUACAGCUCAAACAAUACAUGAUUUUUAACAGAAGAAUGAAUGCAUGUGCUUUUAUAGAAUUAUAAUUUCACAUUUCUGCCUUUAAACCCUCCAAAAAUUGGCCCCAUUCACUUCCGUUGAAAGUGCCUCACUGGAACCUCGAUUUUUGCUUCUUUUUUUUUUUUUUUUUUUUUUUUUAAGAAAAGGAGGGACGAUUGAACCCGGAAUAUUCCUUUAAACAUAGCAAAAUCGGUGCAUUUUCAAAUGAAAACCAUUACAAUAAUCUGUUUUUGUUUGAAGACUUCAGUUUCCUAACACCAUCGUAUUCCAAAGUACGCGUUUAUGGACAGUGUUUUUGAAAACUCUUCAUUAUUGGUGGAGAAGAAUGGCCUUCCAGUGUGGAUGAACAUGAGGCAUAAACAUAGCAAAAUCAAUGCAUUUUCAAAUGAAAACAUAUUACACUAAACUGUUUUCAUUUGAAAACUCUGUUUUCAGUUUCCUAACAUCAUCAUUUUCCAAAGUAUGCUUAGUUUUCGGUGGAGGAAAACACCAUUCAAGUGUGGAUGAGAGGCGUAAAUGUAGCAAAAUCAAUGCGUUUUCAGACGUAAUAAGUGUAUUAGUGUGGAUGUUGCCUUGGGCGAUUCUUGGUCAGAAAAAGCUGCAAAGUGGACCAGAAUUCCUGCUGAUUAUCAAAAAUCUGGCAAAGUGAGACUAAUUAACAGUAACCCAGUAUCAGCAUGUGUUUAUGAAUGAACCAUCAACCCUUCAAUUGAAUAGUUUUUGCUUUCAAUAGACUCUUUUCACAUUUCUGGGUUUAGAACGUGUGGAAGUAAACUAUAGUAGGGUAAACUUCUAAAUUGUUGAAUGGGAGAUCACAGCAAAUGUUAUUUUUGCGUUCUUAUUUGCUCCACCAGCAAGAAAAAAAAUCCACUAUUGUAUUUCCUUGACUUUCCAAAAGACUGUUGAUGUUUUGUUUUUUAAGGCUAGGCUAAUAUAACACAAAGAAUAAUGUCCUAAAUCAGGGGUCGACAACAUUUUUGACAUGGAGUGCCAUUUUUUAUUUUCCUGGUCAAUGGUGAAAAUGUUUCUAUUUUGUUCAUCGUUUAUUUUUCAUUACAAGUGAUAUUAUCAGCAUAACAGUUUGAGUGAAAAAAUUGUGCAGUGGGUAGUUCAGUGUUGUGGCAAGAGGGACACAACGUCUCAUUCCCUCCAUCAGGGAACGGAGGUUACGAAAGUAACCAGGACGUUCCCUAUUUGUCACUCACUUGACGUUGUGUCAAUGUAAUGACAUUAGGGGUCCCUAUACAAAACGCCACAACUAACUGAACUGUAUUACGUGGACUGGCGGUGCGAGACGGGCAGACCGCUGUGUGCCUCGUAGCCAGCGCACCAGGCUGUCAUGUAACCUCCCCCAACACUCUUAUGAGCGUCGAAUGGUCCUUCGGGAACAAGCUGACUGCCCAAAAAAUAGGGACAGGCUAGCCCAGCCGUGGUCUCUUUCUCUUUUUUCUCCCCAAAAAGAGUAGAAUAUGUUAACCGACUGGGGGCCAUAAAUGUCUACAUUGAGGGGGUGUCACUCCCAAGGGGAAGACACCGUGAAGACCACACGCUGCCCAGAGGGGGUGGGGGG